GUAGAAAGAAAUCGGUGUAUCAGUAUCUUAUCUUCCAUGGCGGUUCGCCCCUUUGAACUCGUGGAAAGAAAUCGGUGUAUCAGUAUCUUAUCUUCCAUGGCGGUUCUUUAUCAAAGCUAUCUUCUACAUUUUUCUUUCUAUUUCUUCUGAAAAUCGCUCAAAUCAUUCUCUCCAAUGGCGACGCUUUAUUCCUCUCACUUGCUAUCUGCAUCCUCUCCCUCCAUGAAGAUGGCGCUCAACACCCGUCCCCCUCUUUUCCAGGGCUUUAAGGAAGGAUUGUCGCAACGUAUUAAAGAAUCCGGCUGCAGUUUUGGUUUUAAAUCAUAUGGGUUAGUUCAGAAUCCUGUACCCAAUAUCUUUUGCGCAAUAAAUAUGGCUGCUGGGCGGUCGAACGACCCCGAGAAGACUAACUUGGAUCACCUGAUGGACAAGGCAAGGAAAUUGUGGGAGAGUUCUCCUCAGCCAGUGAAGAGUUUUCCUUGGAACAGAACACUAGACAACUUCAUUCAACUUACCCUUGACCUUAUCUUGGCAGUUGUCAAAUACCUAUCUGUUCCUUUACUUGUAGUGACCUCCCUUAGUGAGAUGUCCUACUGUGCACAUGAAAGGAAGCUGAAACUUGUCCCUUUUCCAAUAUUCCUCGGGAUCGCUGUUGCCGGAGUCUUGAGGCAAACAGCCUUGGAUAUUUCUCCACUUCUCAAGGAUGCAGAAGUUCCUUGGCAUCUGAUUUGCAUGGCCAUUUUCUUCACAUUGCUCAAAUUACCAGGUCCAUACUACCCUUACUGGGGGCGCAUAUUCAUCCCGCAUUUUGCCAACGGGGGCUUGUUUAGGACUCUGUGGUUUGCUUUACUGUGGUACAGAAGACCCCAAAAGGCAUCAAGAACAACAUUGUCACAUGAUUCAGAAGAAAAGUCUUAAUUCUUUCAGACAAAAUAUGAACAGGUAUCGUCACCUCUAUCAGGAGCUCCAUUUUUUAAUGCCACUACCGAGCGUACUUUGUACCUGCUGAUAGAGUAGCUGAUCUUAUCACUGUCAGAUCAAUUUGUGGACUCCAUCAGUUAUUAAGAUCGUAGAUUUGUAGUUAGAAAUGAUAUUUGUAUGCAUCAUUAUUUUUGCUUUGCUUCACAGUAAUGCAUCUCCAUUCCGGGUAAUUGACUCAAAAGAAGAUUCAAGUGAUUGAACAAUCAAAGUCAUGCAUCUACAAGCUUGGGAGUAGCUCUGAGUAGAACACUUGAAGAGUUGUGCUUGUGACGUGUUUGCUGGUUUUGAAAUUGCUGACUAACAAUCUAAUCAUUUCAUUGCUCCAAUGCAGUGUUAAAAGGUUGGGGCACAAACAGGCGUUUGCAUAUUUUUGUUUGGGUACAGAAUUGUAGUCAUACCAUUGUGGUGCUUUAGAAAAACUAGAAUGAAUACUUUGGCUUAUAA